GCUUCUGAAAUAAAAACUGAAAGCAAAUCAAGGGAAACCCGGACAGAGAGGUCUAGCAAAAGCGCCAGGCAAAACUAGGGAGGAAAGCGCCCUCAGUUAAAAACGAAAUAGCCGGGAAUGGGAGGCGCCUUCAUUCAAUUGUCUAAACGAUAAAGAAGGGUGCAAAGCGCCACCACUUAAAGAACCAAACUAAGCAAUUAGCAACCAUGAAUAGACCUUCCACCAAGCCUAAAAACAGCUAAGGAGUGUGCAAGACGCCUAUCAAAAGCGCCAGGCAAAACUAAGGGUGAACAGCCGGGAAUGGGAGGCGCCGCCACUCAGUCCCCUAACACCUAAGGAAGGUGCAAGGCGCCCAACCAACAAUACGAACAAUCAAGCGGCGCGUCCAACGAAUGGCCAAACCGUUAAGAAGCAAGGCGCUCCCCCUUUAAUCAAAUCAAUCGAAAGGGUUGAGGCAUCACCUGAUGGGAGGCGCCUUUCCAAAUCAAUUGGGAGCGAUGAUAGGUGGCUCGAAUGAGGGGCAGGCGCCCAAGCUGAGAUGAGCCGAAGAAAGUCUCCGAGACGGGAGAGGCGCCUUCAAAACGAUCGGGAGCGCCUAUGCGAGGCGCAGCGCGGACGAAAGGAAGGGAAGCAGACUGCGAAGCGCCGAGGGAAGGGUCUCGCCGAGAAGGGAAGGCGCCUUGGAAAGCAACUCGCGGCAAAGGAGAAGGGGAAGAGGCGCCUUGGAGAGCAACUCGCGGCAAAGGAGAAGGGGAAGAGGCGCCGAGGAGAGCAGCACGCAACAAAGGAAAAGGGGAAGAGGAGAGAGGGGCGGCCGAAUAAAAAAAGGGGGGGGGGGUGGUGAAGUGACACGAGUUUAAAUAGGGGGAGGAGGAGAGGGUGCGCGUUCCCCAAUACAGGCUAUUCUUUAAAGCCCAACCCAUCCACUCUCCCCUCAAAUGUGCCUAUCCUAAGCCUGGUGGUGGGUUUGGCCCACUGCCACCACAAGUAGUCUGUUGGGGGUAGCGCCUUCACAUCCUCCCCUAAAAAUUUUAUCAAAACCCCCAUGAUUUUAGAGGAGUUAUCUCUGCAAAUUUGCAUUUUUUGUAUUCGUACUCCUUAUUUCUAUUUCGGAGGAGUAUUUUCUUUAUUCUUCCCUAGGUUCAUUUCCAUUUUUACUUUUUGCUUUUUGUUUUAUUUUCAUUUUUAUUUUUAUUCUUUAUUUCUACUUUCGCUUUUUAUUUCAGUUUUAUUUUUUAGACCUCUUUUAGAGCAUACUUGUUUGCCGAUGCCACACUAUUUGUGCCAUCGCCAAAAGGGGCAAUUGAUAGGGUAUCAUAGUGAAUAAGGAAUUAAUACCAUAGCUAAUGACAUGGAGAAGGGAAGAAGACAAGAGGAAAAAGACAAGGCUGGGGGACAAGAGACAAGCCCAGGCACCUGACAUCAGCAAGGACAAGGGGCAGGGGGACACCCUCUGCCAAAAGGACUAUGAACAGUGUCAGAGAGUCUGAGGCGCCCGACCAGAGCAUUUAUGGCUUGGCAGGCGCCCAGACCACUACCUAACCCUCAAAUGUGUAUAAAUAGGAGCUCUCUCCUCAUAAAUGGCAAUCCAUCUACACUUACUACUACUUCUCUCUACUUUCUCUCUCUAUACACUUCUUCUCUUCUCUUAUUUCGGACGAGGAGGGGCGCCUACCCUUUCAAGGUCAUGGCUAACACCCCAAACCCCUUGGACCCGAGUGACGCCCAGACGCCCAGUCGCCCGGGCUCAAACAGGAUUAAACUUUAUCAUUAUUUUUUGGUAAUAAUUAUCAAUUAGUUUUGUAACAUGUCAACCCUUUAUGACAAAGAUAUUGUAAGAUUUGAAUCUAUUAGAUAUGGUUUUACUUUUUGGAUGCGUAUCAUGGUGAGGCUUUUGGAGGUCACUUAUCCUUGCACUACUCCACAAUGAGCAUGUUUAAUUUUGGAGUUCGUGCAAAAACUCUUCUAUUCCACACCAAAAAUACGUUUUGUUAGUAAAGCUGGGAUGUUCCUUGUGAAUUAUAUAUCCCUAUCAUGUUUUUUUAAUGUGAGAUUUGUCUAACGUGUUACUACAUACACCCUCCCGACCUCCCCUACCCUUCCUUGCACUGCUCUAAACUCAACACAUUAAUCUUGAAGAUAUUACAAGGAUUCUUUCAUUUAAACUCAAAACUCGUGUUGUCAAUUAAGGUUUGAUGUUUCUUAUGAAUCGUAGAUCCCUCUCGUGAUUUAUCGAUAUGGGAUUUGACCAUGGGCAAAAUCAAGGGCUAGUCUCCAACAUUGUAGUAUUGUCAUACAAAAACCCAUUAAAUUCACAUCGCAACU